ACCCAGAGGGAAUCCAGAGGCUGAGAAGAGGAAAUGGAUGUGACCUGAGAACUGGCCUCCCCUGGGCGAUACAGGAGUUUUUGGAGAGAAGUUCUGAGGGAGCUGCCUUGGGGGGUCCCUCUCAGCUGGCACUGCGGGGUCAACUGCUCCUCGGACGGUGCCUGUUGGACAGAGGGCUAGGAGUGUGGCCCAGCAGCACGGCCUGUCUGCAUGAGCAGAAGCCUCCGGACCCCUGCCAACAUGUUUAUUAUCAACCUCGCUGUCAGUGACUUCCUCAUGUCCUCCACCCAGGCCCCCAUCUUCUUCGCCAGCAGUCUCUAUAAGCGGUGGCUCUUUGGGGAGGCAGGUUGUGAGUUCUAUGCCUUCUGUGGGGCUGUCUUUGGCAUCUCCUCUAUGAUAACCCUGACGGCCAUCGCCUUGGACCGCUACCUGGUGAUCACACGGCCCCUGGCUACCAUUGGGAUGGCAUCCAAGAAGAGGGCAGCAUUUUUCCUGCUGGGUGUCUGGUUCUAUGCCCUGGCCUGGAGUCUGCCACCCUUUUUUGGCUGGAGCGCCUAUGUGCCUGAGGGGCUGCUGACAUCCUGCUCCUGGGACUACAUGACCUUCACGCCCUCUGUGCGUGCCUACACCAUGCUGCUCGUCUGCUUUGUGUUCUUCCUACCCCUGUUUCUCAUCAUCUACUGCUACAUCUUCAUCUUCAGGGCCAUCCGGGAGACAGGCCGGGCCUGUGAGGGCUGUGGCGAGUCCCCACGACGGCGGCGGCAGUGGCAGAGGAUGCAGAGUGAGUGGAAGGUGGCCAAGAUCGCGCUGCUGGUCAUCCUUCUCUUCAUAGUCUCCUGGGCCCCCUACUCCAUUGUGGCCCUGGUGGCCUUUGCUGGGUAUGCACACCUCCUGACUCCCUACAUGAGCUCAGUGCCGGCUGUUAUCGCCAAGGCCUCUGCCAUCCACAACCCCAUCAUUUAUGCUAUCAUCCACCCCAAGUACAGGAUGGCCAUCUCCCAGAACCUGCCCUUCCUGAAGAAGCUGCUAGGUGUGUCCAGCCAGCAUGGCCGUCCAUCCCUCAGCUACCGCUCUACCCACCGCUCCACUCUGAUCAGCCAUGCCUCCGAAGUCAGCUGGAUCUCUGGACGGAGGCGCCAGGAGUCCCUGGGUUCUGAGAGUGAGGUGGGCUGGACAGACACGGAGGCAGCAGCUGCAUGGGGGGCUGCCCAGCAAAUGAAUGGAUGGUCCCUCUGUGGUCAGAUCCUGGAGGAUGAGGAAGCCACAGCCCCUUCCAGGUCCCAAGGACAGGAAGCUGAGACUUUCAGGAAGGUGAUUGGACCAAGGGGCAGCUCCCCAGCCUGUGCUCCAGGAUGUAGGACGCCCAUUGGUUCUCUCUUUCUUCUGGGACGUGUCUGGCCCUGUCACACCCUCUCACACACACAGACCCAGGAUUACGCCUGGAGCCUGCAGGCUUUCAAAAUGGCCCUGUUGCCUGUGCUGUMCUGGAUUCACAGUCCCAGCCCCACAUCCUCUCCCCACACCACAAAACUACUGCCUUGCAAUGUGGUCUACACCCGCUUCUCAGCUCAGCAGCCACACCCGGGCUCAGUCUGAAGAAUGUAUACACAGGCCUUCUUCCUUCCGGCAGUCAUCCUCCUCUCCUGAAAUGCUGUGUGCUGCGAUUGUCCAGGCCGUGACAAUGGUGAUGGCUCCAGAGAACACACCAGCUAUUUAUGAGCCAAGCAUCUUGGCCAGUCUGUGCAUCCAGGCUGGGCAUUUCACUGGUCCCGGGAAGCCAGAGCAUCUCCCACUGCCAGUGGCUGAAGCUAAACACAGACCUUACUUUGUGCACUGAAAAUGCUCCCUCACCUCCUGCUUCUCCCUCUCCCAGCACAAGGCUCCCUGCAGCCCACACUCCCCUCCCCUACUCACAGGCACCAAUGAGCACCUCUCCCAUAGGUACCUAUUUGCAUGCGCACCAAGCACAUUUGUCCACACCCUGCCCCUAUGGUUUGUUUCAUAUCAGUGCUUUAAUUUCAUCCCAGGGCAGUGUGAUUCUGACAGGGUAAAAGAAAAUAAAAAAGCAGA